CGCGCGGAGGCAGGCGGGCAGGCGGGCAGGCGGCCGGCUGGGGCGGCGGGGCUGCUGCGUUCCGUCCUGGCCAUGGCAGCGGCGCCCCUGAGAGUGUGCAUCGUGGGCUCGGGGAACUGGGGUUCAGCUGUUGCAAAAAUAAUUGGUAAUAAUGUCAAGAAACUUACGAAGUUUGCCUCCACAGUUAAGAUGUGGGUCUUUGAAGAAACGGUUAAUGGGAGAAAACUGACAGACAUCAUAAAUAAUGACCAUGAAAAUGUAAAGUAUCUCCCUGGACACAAGCUGCCAGAAAAUGUGAUCGCCGUCCCAAACCUUGGCGAGGCCGUGAAGGACGCAGACCUACUGGUGUUUGUCAUCCCUCACCAAUUUAUUCACAGAAUCUGUGAUGAGCUCACCGGAAGAGUGCCCAAGGAAGCGCUGGGAAUCACCCUCAUCAAGGGCAUAGACGAGGGUCCUGAGGGGCUGAAGCUCAUUUCUGACAUCAUCCGAGAGAAGAUGGGCAUUGACGUCAGUGUGCUCAUGGGAGCCAACAUUGCCAGUGAGGUGGCUGCAGAGAAGUUCUGUGAGACCACCAUUGGCAGCAAAAUAAUGGAGAAUGGCCUUCUCUUCAAAGAACUUCUGCAGACUCCAAAUUUUCGAAUUACCGUGGUCGAUGACGCAGACACUGUUGAACUUUGUGGUGCUCUUAAGAACAUUGUAGCAGUGGGAGCCGGGUUCUGCGACGGCCUUCACAGCGGGGACAACACCAAAGCAGCUGUCAUCCGCCUGGGGCUCAUGGAGAUGAUCGCCUUCGCCAGGAUCUUCUGCAAGGGCCAGGUGUCCACGGCCACCUUCCUGGAGAGCUGCGGCGUGGCCGACCUCAUCACCACCUGCUACGGAGGCCGGAACCGCAGGGUGGCCGAGGCGUUUGCCAGAACUGGGAAGACCAUCGAAGAAUUGGAGAAAGAGAUGCUGAAUGGACAGAAGCUCCAAGGACCUCAGACUUCUGCCGAAGUGUACCGGAUCCUGAAACAGAAGGGGAUGGUUGACAAGUUCCCGUUGUUUACUGCAGUGUAUCAGAUCUGCUAUGAAGGCAAACCCGUUCAAGAGAUGUUGGCUUGUCUCCAGAGCCACCCAGAGCAUGUAUAAAGUGGCUGGUGCAGCGUGUUGGGGAACGCGCUGCCUUUCUGAUCAGUCUUUUCCAUUCAGAUGGAAACAGACUGGGCAACACAAUGUUUGCUUGACCAUCAUCUCGUCAUGGGUGCGGAUGAAUUUUUACCAGUUCAUUUUUGAACUGCAAGAAGCAGUUCACUAGCUAAGAUGUGGUGGGCAACAAAUAGACACAUGUGUGAGCGUGUGAGUCUGCGUUCAUUUCUCAUGCUGUGGAUGUUUCUAUGAACCAAAAUUAAAGGUCCUUUUUAAAAAUUA